AUGAGCAUAGCAAGUAUUGGUACAGACGACGAUGACAGCCUGUCGAGCCUUCCUCGAGAGACAACUAGUACUAUGAAUACUAGUACUAUUAUGAAUACUAGUAUGGAUGGUACCAGUAUGAGGAACUCGUCCUCUCGACGAGAGAGCACGCAAUUGCUGCUGGAAGAAGCAGGUGCCGCUGCCAUUGCCGCCGCCGAGAACAAUCAGGACACGGACAGUAUCUUGUCGGAAGAAGAAGAAGGCCACGAGAGUACUAGUAGUUUCCAAGUGCAUAAUCAUCCUCCUGCUCCUCCCAAUAUUGAAGACUUUCGAAGAAUGUCGGCAGCCACGUUUCAUUUCAUGCAAGAAGCGUCCAUCGAACGGACGCUCGGCUUGCCGCCGCGACAAGACUUGUUGUUGUUGUCGUCCUUGUCCGCCAGUACUCGUAUUACCGGUAGUAGUGAACGUGAACGUGAACAGCAAGAAAUGGAACCAACAACAGAAGAAGAAGAAGAAGAAGAGAACCACGACGACAGUUUGACCGAAAGCAAACAGUCUUGGGAUGGUGUCUUGGUGGGAAGAAUGGAAACUCAAUCAUCCGAGACAUCCUCAGUGGCAGCAGAUGGCAUUGGCAUUCCCUGCAGUAGUAUGGAAGAAAGCUUUAGUGAACGAGGACUCUUUCAUGCAUUUUCAGCAUCAGAUACCACCAACCGACAAACUACCAGUAAUACCGGUAGUGUCAGUGUCAUCAUUGACCUUAUCAAUGACGAUAUCUCGGUAGACAGUGCACCCAGUCUCGGAUCCACUGCCUCUGCUACAUCUACUACUGGUAGUAAUAACCCCACCAUCCCACAUGUACAUGUACAACAACAAUCCACAUCAUCAUCUACUACCGGUACAGUGCAAAGCAACAUGGACAUUCUGUUUUCCCUCGACGUCAUUGACGAACAAGACAAAGCCGCCAUACAACAUCUCCAACAACAACAACAACAAACAACAAACAAAUCAUCAUCAACAAUCAUAGACCAAGAUACACUCCUCCUAUACCACAUAUUCUCCGACUUUUCGAAACCCUCCAUAUCCAUUCACAUGGUGCAACAAAUACUACUACUACAUGUCGAAGAAGUCGAACUGCCCAAAGAUAUCAUUGUCAAUGUCGUCCCAAAGUCCAAGGUACUUUCCAUCAUUUUGUGUCGGCACCAUCCAGUCCUACUCAAAACGACAAAACCAUUCUUGUUGGCAUUCUUUCGAAUACUCAUUCGACUUGUCACCAACGAAAAUGACCAACAAUACAAUGAACGAUCCUUGAUCACUUGCAACUGGAAACAACCACCACAAGAACAAAAUAAUCAAGACGAUGGGCGACUCAAAACAGCAUCCCCGCUCAUGGGGGCAACGGGGCAAAACAACAUGGGGGAACGAAGAACAUUCGGGAUGAUGAUGGAUGGGGGGCGAGACUACAAAUCCAGGAGGGACGUACAGAUAUUAUAUUCCAUGGUGCGAUUACAACAGUGUGGUUGUUUUCUUGGAGGAAACAACACUAGCAGCAGCAGCAGUGACAAAUAUUAUGCCGCCAGAAAACUACUCCGACUCUUUGAUUAUAUUUCAAAGAGUCGUCGAAAGCAGCCAUCAUACAGGCACUUUUACUUGCUGGCUCCACUGGCAAGAUUGAUUGGACUCGUCUGCUCUGCUGGAGUCUCGGAACGAGUCUUGCGGAAAAUGAUUUCUUUGGCAUCCACGGCAUACCCACCCGUAGCACGGUUGCUCCUGGUGCGGGCGCUACAUGCCGCCACCGAAGGAGCAUCACGUAGUAUAUUCUUCAUGGGGAAAGCAUCCAUUAGCAACUUCUUCUCCUUUGGGGGCGGAAAAGGGCUCAGCAGAACCAUCAGUGGGCUAUCGUCAUGGCCUUUUCGAAAUGACUUUGCCAUGGCCAUUUGGUUUCGAGCCGAAACGUUUAUUGUUGGCAACAACAACAACAACCAAGAGGGAAAAUCCGACCAUCCCGCCUUGCUCAGUGUAUUGGCGGAAGAUGGCGGCGGAAUUGAAAUAUCCAUGAUGUCACUGGACGACGACAACAACAACAACAACAAUAACAACAACAACAAUAAACCAAGCAAUAAUAAUGGUGAAACGUCCACGUCGGCGGCGGUUCUCGUGGUAUCCAUCUAUGACUCGGACCCCAACGGAAUGGAGCAAGUCGAAGUCCAACGCCUAAGAGUACCCGGAUGCAUCUUGUUGCCAAGAGUAUGGUACCAUGUGGCAGUGCGGCACACCAGAUCCCGAAUGAAAGGAGUCUUUUCGCUUUCCACACGACAACAAGUCUCCAUCAUGCUCGAUGGAAAAAUUAUGCUUACCGAACCGCUCAGUUUCCCAAGAGUCUCCGAUGAAGACUUUCACAGUGACAACAAGGCAGCGGCCUUUCUGCAAAAAGCUGUGCGACGAUCCAUAAGUCGGUCUGGGCUCUCCUUGACAGUGGCACUGGGGCGAACCUUUGAAGGACAAACAGGUGCGCUGUACUUGUUCCACGAAAACGUUUCGGAUGCCACAUUGCGCGCACUCUAUGAUAUCAGUGCGGGGACUGCGGGAACAGUUGUGAAGAAAGCAACCGGCCGCGCCACAGGCUGGGAUUCACGUCGCGGUGAUAUUGUGAGAAAGUCAAAACUCCUGGAUGUCUCGAAUAUUAAACGAGAUGACGCAGAGGAAAUCGUCGUGAGCCAACGCCGUCAUUCCACCGGAGAUCUUGUGCUGGACUGGGUGCCCGCCACCAGCGGAUCCGUGGCUGUGAUGGACUUGGGCGAAAGCGAAGACCAAGAAUUCAAUCUGGAACUACCGACUGAUCUUUCAAGAGCUGCCUUCUCGUCAAAGCUCUUUCUCGUGUGGGACCCUAGCCGAGCAAUUGCCAACAUGGCAAUCGAAUUGCACAUUGGGGCCCAUGUGAAAACCACGGACGGGGGUGUUCAAACGUGGCAAGUCGAUGGUGCUCAAGACGCUAUCAGUAGCAUUGGCGGGGUACAAGCUUUGAUACCUCUUUUCCAGUCCUUGCUGUGCGGAGAGAUCGAGAAUGCGUGGAUUCAUGGGGAGGAGGACGACGAUACGUCUGCUCUGGGAACCUUCAGUAGUGAGGGCUUAUGGUCAAUGAUUCCAGAUCUUUUGUGCCUCGUUGCCAGCUUUGUUGAAGACCACGGUGAAAAUGCUCGAGAGCUGCUGCGAUGCGGAGGGAUUGACGUCAUGGAGAACUGUAUUCUGACAAGCAGAAGAAUUGCUAUCGGCAGACCACAACAACAAGCAAUGUCAUUAUUUGGUCCGUUGACAGCGUAUCCAAAGUUGUCUCAUCUUCUGGCAGAAUCACUUUUCAAAUUACAAUCAGGCUGUGCGCACUACCUGGGUUUGGAGGGGAAGUCUUUCUCUCGCCUCUUGUUCAAUACGCCACUUUGGUUUAGCAAUGGUGACAAGAAUUUGUCAGUUUGCCUGGACAUCGCGCUCCUCCCUGUCCUCUCGUCCAUAGCAAGAACGAAUCCGGACAAAGUCAGAGAUUGCAUUGGAAUCAAAGAUCUGGUUUUCUUGAUCAAAACCUACAUCAUGACCGGAGAUGGGACCAAUAAGGCAGACCACAACGCUCACCAACAGGACAGUUUCAACAUUAGUGAAAGGCAUCAUGUCUGCGACGUUUUGUUUGGUAUUGUCUUCGAAGUUCUUGGUUCGGAAACUGUCCCUCGCGACCUCUCGCCGUUUUUGAAUUUGCUGUCUUUCUGCCUGGACUCUGAAUGGGACGAAUCGUCGCAGGAGCUUGGCGAGAAAAGCUACAUCAAUAGAACGGGAAUCAGGCAGGAGCGGUACAAUGUUGCCGUGAAGGGUUGCUCUGUUCUCCUUCUGUUGCUCCAGAUUAAACCAGUGGUACCGAACCUGUUUGAAAGCUUCGCGCACUGUUGUGGCAGCGUCGAAGCAGCAGCGGGGUGGAUUUUGUGUGCUGUCGUCAACAGCUUUGAUGAUACCUUGAGAGCCUUGGGUGUACGAUGCAUCGUUGCGUUUCUGGAGCAAACUGCAAAGACGCCAGACGCGCCGUUGACAGUUGGGUUGGUGCCGGAGCCUGAAAAUGGCCCAGCAAGUGAAGUGGCAAAGAUAUCCAAUCGCAGGAUUCAGACGAUAAUCUCGGUUGGCAAAGGUCUCGCUGGAAUGGGGCCGGGAGUACGAUCUAUCGUGGUGCCGCCGUCUAGAUUGACUGCACGGGUCACCUACAAGUUACUGUGGCAUCUACAUAGAGGACACCGGUCAAGGAUUGGAGAGAAGACAUAUUCAGCGUUGAUUCAUCUUAUUGCUGAAUCCGGUGGCAGUUCUAUGUCGUCGCUCACCUCCAAAGCGUUUGCAAUGGAUAAAUUUGUGGUCCCCGAUGAUGUUCUAAUUGGAGGAUACCGUAUGAGCCAAGACUUCACCUCUCUGCUGGUUGAACAAUCAUCUUUCUCGACGACUGGCAGAUCGUUGCGUGAUGGACUUGGAAUUAGUACAGUUGUGCGACUUCUUCAAUACCUUUCCAGUGAAAUGAAGGAUCGUCUUCUUGCAGAGUUUCUGAAGGCAUCUAACCAAGAUAUUGCAAGCGUGGCGACACUUUCCGCUUUGCCCGACUGGCAACCUUGCAUAUUUCUUCUGAUUUCUGAAACUCUGGAAAAAUUAAGCGCAAGCCGCCAGAAGGAAGGCGGUGGCGACGAAUGUUACCCAAACGACAUUGACCCUGUCACGGAGCACGAGACUGCUGCUACCUCUCACAUAAUUGAGAACUCCGCCACUGUUGAGCAACGUCUUGAUCUGUGCCUUGACCUUUACGCAUCUUUGUUGGGGCACAGUGUCAGAGAAGGGGGCGACAAGGCAUUGCACGCAGUUGAAGAGGCCGCAUCUCUCCAGCGUGUUUGUCUGAAUGGGCACGAUGUUUUCUGUUUGAUUCUCAGCCGUUUGGUAGCCGAUCUGGGAGCACGAGGAACCAUUCUGCAGAAAGGUCGGGCAUUGACAGGAGAAGAAGAUCUGUUGAAACGAAGUGCUCGACUCGUUACCGAUGCCAUUCUGUCAAGCGGGACCGAGGGCUUGGACAUGAAAUCUGCUGUUCGGUGUUGGCGUUCGUUGAGGCACCUUGCCGCAAUCACCGUUUCUGUCAUUACCAAGAGCGGCUUUGGCGUUGCCGAGCUCUUUGACUACUGCAACCUAGAGGCUUCGGCCAUUGAUCGGAUUUCAGGAGGAUUGAAUGGAAUACGCCUUCCGGAUACUGGACUUCCGGCUAUCACAGCACAGGAAUAUCGCAUUUUGGUGGAAGAGACCGGACUCAACAAAAAGGAUGCAACAAACGGUGUAGAGAUCAAACGUCGGGUUUCCCUGACUCUUGCCUCACAAAUUCUUUCUCUUUUGGAUGCAUUCAUGUUUCCCGAUUCCUUAGAUGCGUCGCUUCCUCAGUCACAGCUGCAUGGGCUCGACUUGGUCCGCAACUGUGAACCAAGGCUUGCUGCACAAGGUCCGGUGAUUUCAUCGACAAUUCGGCUGUCUCUUUUGCUUCUGGCCCAUUUGGAACCCUGCGGGAUGAAGCUGCUGCAAUGCUCCAGCCGUCUGCGUUGCCUAUUGCACUGGGCGCUCGAGCUGAUACGGGAGGCGACUGCACUGGAAGGUUAUUCAGCAGCCUUUCACAAACUCACGGCUCCACUUGACAGGCUUGUCUUGGCCAUAGUUCUACAAUCUCAUCGCACACUCUGCCGCUGCUCGACAUUGCUUGCUGAAGUUGAAAGAAACCCAGAAAAAUAUUUCAAAAACAAGGAAUCCCAAAAGAAGUACUACCGGCGAAUAUUGAGGGUUGCUCUGGAGCUGAGAGACAUUGUUUCCAUGGCAUUUCGGGGACGAAAUGAAGUGUUACGAGCUUCUCUAACGACGUCAGCAUAUGAUGCCCUUCGAGCCAGUCUAGAGUCACCAAGUGCUUCGAAUAGAAACGUGUCCAAGGAGAUGUUGAUGCGUUCUUUUCUUUUGAUGGACUGGGUUGUUAGAUUUCAAGAUGUUGUUGUGUGUGGAAAGUAUGCAAUUCCGGAGCAGAUCGAUCUUGGAGCAGGUAUACAGACUUCAAGGGAAACACCGCAAGGAAUGCUUGCAAUCCAGGAGCUCUACGAUGAAUCCAGCGCAAUCGUUGAUGAUUUCGAGAAGGCACUGAACGGCUCUUUUGAAAAAUACUUGCAAGCACAAAAGAAGUGGGCGGAAACAUCGCAUGUUAGGGAUUUAGAAUAUCAGGGCGAUGAAGCUGUAAAGCGUCUAGCAUCAAACCAUCAAGCGGACUUGACAGAGAACACCAGAGCCGUGAACAUUCGAAGCCAUGGGGCCAACUCCAGGUGGAAAGGUAUUCAGCGGAAAGUUGCGGAGCCUUGGAACGGUGGCAUGCAUUGGAAGCUUGCGAAACACACCGAUCGUCUUGGGCAGCGAGUGUUGCUCGUGAGGAACCGCACUUUUGACAAUCACGAAGAAGCUAGCUAUGAUCUCAUGCUGGGAAAGGAACGAGAGAAAGAGGAAAAGGCGAGGGAGGCUCGUUUACGCCAAAAAGAAGAAUUAGCAGAGGUUAUGCGGCGAAACACAGAAGCAAUCGUACCAUAUGAUGCUGCAGGUUUGUCAUGCACUGAUGAUGAAUCGGGCAAUGUCAAUGACAGUGAUACAGAAUCUUCAAUUGACUUUACUGAACCCUCGGAAGAAGAGGGCGAAGACAUCGAGCUGAUUCCAGGAACAAGAACUGUUGGUGGUGCAACUCCAGAGGAAGAGUGGGACAAGAUAGAAGCAGAGGAUCUCGAGGACGAUGGAUGGGCAAGGGCGUUCAUUUGGUCCGAUUUCGAGUCUGUUGUGGCUCGAUUUGAAUCUGUCACCAUUGUCACCCUCCAGUCAUUGAUCGAAGGCAAGCUCUUGCUUACUACACAUGGGCUGUACUUUCGUCAGAUCGGGGAGGAAAUAAGUGUCAUGUCAAAAGAAGCGACCUCCAACAGCGACACUACUCGGACUGCAUCGACUUCUGAAGGGAAUGAUCGUCGAUGGCGUUUGAGCCGCCUGACUGAGAUUCUGGGGAGACGCUACAUGCUGCGAGCGCAAGCUCUUGAGUUAUUCUUCAGUGACAGCCACGAACUGUUCCUCAAUUUUGCAGGAGGGACGAAGGAACGAGACCGGUUCCACGCCAAGUUGCGAAAUAGCUGCAAGGUGCCAAUGCUUAGGUCUCCCAAGAGUCUCAACCCCCGCACUGUGUUUAAGCGAUCAAGGCUCUCGGAAUUGUGGAAGCGGAGAAAAAUCACAAACUUUGAGUAUCUGAUGGAGUUGAACAAAAUGGCUGGUCGCACGUUCAACGACAUCAUGCAGUAUCCCGUGUUUCCUUGGAUCUUAUCUGACUACGAGAGUGACACUAUAGAUUUGAAUGAUUCAAGGGUCUAUCGCGAUCUGACAAAGCCAAUUGGGGCAUUGAAUCCAAAUCGACUCGCGCAGCUGCUUGAGCGAUACAAUGAAUUUGCAGAUUUUGGUUUCCCCGAACAAGAGCGAUUUCUAUAUGGAAGCCACUACUCCUCUCCUGGGGUUGUGCUUCACUACCUCAUCAGGCAAGAGCCAUUCACAACCAUGGCAAUUGAGCUUCAAUCAGGGCGAUUUGAUUGCCCUGAUCGAUUGUUCUUUGAUAUUGCCGAGAGCUGGAAAAGUUGCAACACCCUGUCGUCUGACAUGAAAGAGCUCAUUCCUGAGUUCUUUACUUUGCCGGAGAUGUUUCUGAACACCAACAACUUCCCACUUGGUAGCACUCAAAGUGGUCAUCCAAUCGACAAUCUCCGAUUGCCUCCUUGGGCCAAAGGAUCUCCUUAUGAGUUUGUUCGCAUUCAUCGAAUGGCCCUUGAAUCCGAGUUUGUGUCUCAGAACCUCAAUCACUGGAUCGAUCUCAUUUUUGGAUAUAAACAACGGGGACCGGCAGCAGAAGCUGCACAUAACGUUUUCCAUUACCUCAGCUAUGAAGGGGCGGUGGAUCUCGAUAAAAUUGCCAACGAAGUGGACAGGGCAGCAGCCGAAAGCCAGAUCCAGAAUUUUGGACAAACUCCAAGCCAGGUCCUUGUAAAAGAGGCACAUCCGAGUCGAGGAAACCCAGAAGAGUGCUGGAAACCCCUUAUACACCAUUUCUCUGUAGCAAAGCGUCUUCGGUGUUACACACCCUCCAAGCAAUUCGCAGCCAAGAAGAACGCUCAGGCCCAGCGAAGUGCAGUGGCUAAGAUCCACGUGUUUUCAGAUCUGGUUGCUGUGAUCUACGACGAUUUCACAGUGGGAACCUACAAGUGGGCGCCCACGAACAAGCAUUCGCGACUAAAGCCAGAAAAAUUGCGUCACUUGUCAAGGCCUGAAUUGAGUCGAUCUCGUUCAGUGAUCAAACGAGGUACUGUUUUGCCUCCGUCUUCUGCCACGGAGAUUGGUAAUUGGUCCUUUGUAUUUACAGUGGGUGGGAGUGCCAAAGAGGAACUCAAACGAAAGGCAACUGUUGCAUCCUCUCGACUAAUUGCUACCAAGACAGAAACACUGAGUGCCGCUGAAGCUUCAGGUUACAUUUUGGGUUGCAGCUUUUGGGACAAUGAAAUCAAACUUUACAGCAGCGCAGGGUGCAAACUGCUUUGCGGAGAUAACGGAGGUCAUCGUGGUGCUGUGCGUUGUUUGGCGAUGAGCGAUGACGGUGGUCUCAUGGUAUCUGGUGGACAAGACGCUACCUGCCGAAUCUGGGUUGUAGACCACCCGGACAUGGCAAUUGCCUUGUCGGAUGGAUAUGUGCAGACAGCUUUGGGGAGUCGCAACGAUGGAGAUCAGCUCCUCAGCUGUUGCCGUGUGCUUUGGGGGCACGAAACUGCCAUUUCUUGCCUGGAUCUGUCCUCUGAUCUGGAUGUAGUCGUCAGCGGUGAUAUUGGUGGGAUCAUCUGUGUGCAUACAUUGAGACUUGGCGAGUACAUCCGAUCAUUUCGCCCGCCACCACUUGGUGGUUCCAAGCCAUCUGGAGUAUCGAAAAUUGCCCUUUACAAGUACGGGAGACUUGUUGUUCACAUGGAUGACGGGGGGCUUCACACCUACACGAUAAAUGGGGUACGCCUUGCUACAGUGGAUGCUGGGGAGAAGCUCAACGAAAUGACUAUCUGCGGUGGUGGCGAAAUUGUUGUGACCGGUGGUGCCAAAUGUCACGUGCUGAUCCGAAGUGUAGUCAACUUGGAGAUUUUGUCAAUGCUGGAUUUGAGUCGGCACGGCCCAAUCCGUUGUAUAUCACUGACUCCGGAAGACCUGAAUCCGGCGCCUCAGGUGAUUUUCAUUGGCAGUGACGAUGGCAUGGUGACGAUUGUGGACGAGGACCCCAGUUAUUCUGGAGCUGAUACCACAGAGGCACAGUCGUUUUGA